AGAUGGCGGCUUCGUCGUCCCUCUGGCUGUGGAGUGUUUUUAUUUCGUUUUUAGGAUGUUUAUGUGCUGAUUCUUCCUUACCAGUUCCCGUUUUUAUAUGGUCUAAAGAUAGUGGGGUUAUUAGUUCUUCACCUGUACUGGCAGGGCACACAGUAAAGCAAAGUGAUUUUCAAGAUAAAUAUCUCAAGAAACUAUUCAACACCCCGCAAAUCAUUUGUGUCUUUCUACAGGAUAGGUUGAGUAUAGAUGAUCUUAGUCACUAUGGUGAUGCGUACAGCACUGGAAACCAAGGCACAGCAUUUUACAACCUUAAAGUUGCCAUGGAAGCUGCCAACUCAUCAGCUGUCUUACCAUCAGUAGAUCUUUCCUCAUCAAGUGGGAAUAAUGAUGAGUUGCUUCACCUGAUCAGAAAAAUGGCAAGUGGUUUGGUGAAGGAGUUAAAUCCAGAAGAAACAGGAAAGUUUGAUAUUACAGAAUUUUCACUGGAUAAGGAAAAGACCAAUGUUUUCAUCUUUCAUUUGAUGCCAACAUCUUCAAGUGAACCUGCAAAGAUGUUUAUACAGAAUGAUAAGCUGAUUGGGGCCAUUAGUGGUCAGAUGUCAUCCACAGAUUUGCCAUAUACAUGUGUUAUGACUGCAGGUUCUCCAAAUGAGGUUAUUCAUGAAAGACUUUUAUUAGAGAAACAGUGGCAACAGGAAUCACACGACAGAUUCCGACGAGCUUUGGAGGUGGAAGAUUUGGGAAGUGUACCUGAAGCAGCCGGAAAGAAUCAACUUAUAAAUGGGAGUCUUUUUGCUGAUGCUGGGUGCAUUUUAUUGUACUUCAAAGGAUUUGAAAUAUUGGUGAAUCACACCACUCACAACGUUUUCAGCAAUGCUACAGAGGACUUAACUUUUGAUGUUCAAAAGGAUUGUACUGCGGCUAAUACAAGUGAUAGUAUCACAAUCAUUUUCAAAGGUAUUAAAGGAGUUAAAACAUUAGAUCUGAGCUUUACCUUUACUACAAAUGCAUCUGAAUGGAAAUGCACUGAUGCAACCUUAAAAAUUGAUGGUACAUUAAGUGGUCAAGAAAUUAAGGGAACCUUCACAUUCAAUUCAAGUGGAGUAUUGACAGCUCCUAGUGAAUAUUCAUACAGUUGUGUCAGUGUGACAAUGAAACACAACAAGACCCUAAUCAGCUUCAAAAACUUUCAGGUUCAGCCAAUUAAUGUUAAGAACGGCACCUUUUCCUAUGCCUACGAUUGUACAGGGUUCUUCAACAUCCCUAUUCUUAUGGGGCUGAUCACGACGGGUGUUCUUCUGAUCAUUCUCUUUAUCGCAGUGCUUGUCAUGUUCAGCUUGACUACAAUGGACCGAUUUGAUGAUCCCAAAGGUCCUACCAUCCACGUUGCAACUGGUUAGACAAAAUUGAAGUCAAUGACGUGGAUUAGAUCAGCUGAUAGUUUGAAAUGCAGUUUACUGUUCCCUCUUGAUAAUAGUGUGAUGAAUUAUUUGACAGACUUUUGUUGGUUGAACAAAAUUUUCAACUUUUAGGUACUACAUUUUCAAUUAUUAAAUUUAAAUUUUUGAGGUGCUGCAUUUCUAGUUGAGUCUUGUGGAAAUGUUCUGGUCACUACUUAAUUGUGAGUCUUGCAUUGUGCAGUCAAGUUCUUUUUUUUAAUAACUUGGGCAAGUGGGAAGAGAGAAAUGUUUAAACAAUCAUGAUCAUGAACAUGAAUCAUGCUAAGUGUUUGUGGCAAUCUCUUGGCAGAUCAGGGGGGGGGUCAGUCUAGGGGGGCAAAACACAAAACCCCCCACCCCAUCAGACAUGGGUUUUGUUUUUUUUAACUACAGUAGGUACUUGUCUGAAACCAAAAUGACAUGAUCACAUAUUACUACUCAAGUUAAUAUAAGUAUUUAAAAUUAAGUUAUCUUGAAAUAUUUCUCAGCUUAUUUAGGCCCUAGCCUGAAAAAUUAAUUAAGUUGUCUUUUCCUAAUCAAAGUAUUGACCCCCACCCCUCCCCCCUUCCUCCUUGACAAAAUUUUCUCAACCUUCCCCCCCCCAAAAUAUCAUUAUGAAGUGUCCAUCAGAUCAUGGAAUGGGAAGGUUUAAGGUUAUCUUGUAACCCUACCUUAACUGCUUGGCUGUGGAAGGUCUGUGUACAAGACCCAGGCUAAGGCUGAAAUAUUCUUGAGUGGCUCAGAAUUUUACUUUUUGUCAUAAUUUUGGCAAAUGUUAAAUAAAGUAACUGAGACAUUAAUGAUUAAUUCAAUUAUUCAAUUAACAAUGUGCAAUGAUGGGAGAUGGUGAGAAGCUUUUUGUGGGAAAAAUAUUUCAUCUGCCAAUAUUUUGCUUUCCAAAUAGUGGAAAUUUGUUUGUCAUGUCAAAUAACAGUAGCGAUGAGGAAUAUUGUUUUAAAAGUUCCUUUAUUCAUGACUUUUGGUGACUGAUAGUUUUUUGGUCACAUUAGUAAUUGGUUAAAAGGUCAUUGUAAGGAUCUCUGACAAAAAUAAUUUAAUCAAAAGUUUUCAAACAGGUAGCUUGAGAAGUUUGCAUUAUAUUUUGAAUUAAUGUUUUGUAUUACAAAAAAUGUUUUCUCCCUUGUGGUAAUCUGGAUUACUGAGUAAUUAUAUUUGGAUAUUUCUAGCUCUUAAUUUACUAUCAAUGACUUAUCAACAUAAGCAUUCAUGCUAAAUAUAAAUUUAAAGUGAAUGUGUUAAUUCAAGUGAGCUAUUUGCUUGAUGAGUUUCUAUCAGUUUUGUCCAUGUAGUUGUGCUUUUCAAAUCAGCAUUGUAUCUAACUUUCCUAUGAUGAUUGCAUGAAAUGAGGAUAAAAAAUAAAAGGACUAUUGCAGUG